AUGGCAUUUUAUAUUUCAACUGUUAUAUUAUUAUUGAUUAGUAUUUUUACAUCUCACGUAUAUUCAUUUUGUAUUCAAGGACCACUUACAUCUCAACGAACGAAAUUUGGUAAUGUUAAUCAAUUUUGUGAAUAUAAUAAUAUCAAAGUAUUACCUGGUUCGUCAUAUAAAUUAGCUACACCAGAUUGUAUUGAAUGUAAAUGUUCAACACAAGGUUUACAAUGUUGUGGUUUUGGUUUUUCAGCAGGUGUAGUUGAAGCACCUGAAGGAUGUGAGGCUUACAAUGAUGCAUGUAAUUUGGUCUUUGUUAAAAAAGAUAAUCCAUCUGAAUUAUGUUUUCCACCAAAAUCUCCCAACAAACCCAAGAAAAAUAUGAAAGAUGUCAAAAAUAAGAAAAUUGCUAAUUAA